AUAAUGAACGUUAGGAGAGAAGGAGGCAGACAACCAUUUUUAGGCUCUGCUUUGCCUCUCAAUUCAUCUUCUUCCUCUCCUCCUUCUUAUUCUUUAAUUAGCUCAUUAAUUUUUACUCCUUCUUGGUGUGAUUCUGCAACAACAAUGGACCACUACCACUACCACUACAUGAGCAGGUUGGUUGCAGCAGUGGUGUUGCUAGUGUUGUUGGUGAGUGUGGUAAUGGCUGAUGAUGGGAUUUGCAACAUGACUAAGGCUGGCUUGGAUUCAUGCCAGCCGGCAGUUACUGGUUCCCCUCCACCAGACCCUUCACAAGAAUGUUGCCAAGCUCUCACAGCCGCUGAUCUUCCCUGUCUCUGCUCUUACAAGAACUCUGUUUGGCUGCCUGUGUUUGGUAUCGACCCGGCCAUCGCCAAGCAGCUGCCGGAGAAGUGUAAUCUCAAAGUACCUGAUGAUUGCUGAUAACAAAUGAGAAAUUAAUCCACUUCUUUAAUGAUGAUGGUAUAGUACUGUGGUCUGUCAAUUGUGUUAAUGUUUGUUGUUUGUUUCACCUAUUUAAGUAGUUAUAUAUGUUGUGUAUGUAUGGCAAACUUCUGUUGAAUUUAAUGUUUUUUCUUCGUUUGAGUGAA